UGCUUAGCCUACCCAACAUUAGCACGUGAAAUUAAGUUGCGUGAUGAGAGGUAAACUAUGCAGGUUUUUUGAGGGCUGCUACAGUAGAUCGCAGUAGAUGGAGUCCCGGAGACGGUUGUCGUGGAGAAUAUAAACAAUGUGUUGGAACGCGAGAGAGUAGGCGGGAUUGCGCUGCUGGGGAGCGGUCUAGUGAAAGUAGUGAAAAAGCAACUGCGCGCUAGAGUCACCAGGGGAAGAGGACAACCGGAGGGCACGUGAGUGAGUGGCUCUCCGUGCUCACUCCUCCAGAAAAAACGUGACUAUGACAUAUGGAUAUUUGAUAAACGUAUUUCUUGGGUGGAUGGUGUAGGAAACUUCUCGUCGAGGAAAUAGAGAAGGGACAUCAGGAUUACUGUGACACCUUUCAGCACACCCAGAGAGAAUGCAGCACAUGCCUUUGCCCCCUGUAGAGGGGAGGGGGCGUCGCAAUGUUUACAACCUACCGGUGAUCAACCCAAACAGGCUGAAAACUGCCAAGGCUCUGGUUGAGAAGGCUGUCAAGCUGCGGAGGGUAUUUUCCGUACAGGGCCCCUAUCCUGUGAUCCGUGCUGCCUUGUGGGCCAGAGGGUGGGUGGAGCGCAGACUGCCAUGCCAUGCCCCACAACCAUCAGGCCGUUUCCGUGGUGACGAGGAAGAGGAUGGUGAGGACAGAGAUGACAGUAAUGAUGACAACGACAGACUGGACGAGCUGGAGAGGGAGCACGAGCCUGAGGACAUGUACGACCUCAUGUCUCGAUUGGUUAGAAAUGAAACAACUUACUUCUACUGGACAACACGGAGGGAUGAGAUUGACUGCCGCUCGUUGCGGAAGGACCAGAUGACCAAUCACUACGCUAAGUCAGCCACUUUCACCACCAAGGUGGGUCUUUGUGUGAACUUGAGGAACCUUCAGUGGUUUGAUGCUGCGGACCCAGACGCAUUCUUUCCACGAUGCUACAGGCUUGGGGCAGAGGAUGAGAAACAGGCCUUCAUUGAAGACUUCAGGAGGACAGCUUGCACCAGUCUGCUCCAGUACAUAGUGGAAAGGAGUGACAGAGACACAGACAUUAUGGAAGAGAAUGUCUCGUCACAGUCCGCAGGCCCUAGGAAAUGCAGAGCAACUCGAUUGAUUGGUCCAGGAAUUAUUGACAGGGCUUUGCAUAUAUGCCAGGAGCUACUCAACAGCUUGGACCACAGUGACAUUGAUGUCACCAUGGACACACCACCCACCCUCACAGAACAGCAGUGGGACAGUUUCGUGCGUGACUACUACCUGGUCAUCCAUGAAGGUGUGGUGAUUGAGGGCAGCAGUGAGUACAUAAAGCGUUGUCAGGCCAUGCUGACCAGACUACGGGAGGUGUGUCCACAGCUGGACACUGAUGGCGUCCACAACAUCUGGAUCAUCAAACCAGGGGCCAAGUCUCGGGGCAGAGGUAUAAUGUGUAUGAAUCGGCUGGAGGAGAUCCUGAGGUUGGUGGACAGUGACCCGUCCCUGAUCAAGGACAGUAAGUGGGUGGUGCAGAAGUACCUGGAGCGCCCCCUGCUGGUCCACGGCACCAAGUUUGACCUGCGCCAGUGGUUCCUGGUCACGGACUGGAACCCUCUGACUGUGUGGUUUUAUCAGGAGUGCUACUUACGCUUUUCCUCCCAGCCGUACUCAACACAGACCCUGGACAGCUCGGUCCACCUGUGCAACAACUCCAUCCAGAAGCACUUCCAGCCAUCUCAGCGGCGCCACCCAGAGGUGCCUGAGGACAACAUGUGGUCGUGCUCCCAGUUCCAGGGCUACCUGCACUCCCAGGGCCAGGGGGCGGCGUGGGGGGCUCUGGUGGUGCCCGGGAUGCAGCGGGCGGUGGUCAACGCCCUGCAGACAGCCCAGGACCUUGUGGAGGGACGGAGGGGCAGCUUUGAGCUCUAUGGGGCGGACUUCAUGCUGGGUCAGGACCUCAGGCCCUGGCUACUGGAGAUCAAUGCCAGCCCCACAAUGGCCCCCUCCACGGCUGUCACCGCCCGCCUCUGUCCCGCUGUGCAGCUGGACACCCUCAGGGUGGUUCUGGACCGACGGGUGGAUCCUGGCGCUGAUACAGGAGGCUUUCAGCUCAUCUACAAACAGGCUGCAGUUGAAGUCCCUCAGUAUGUGGGGGUAAACCUGCUGGUGGAAGGUGCCCCCUUAAGACGGCCGCGAGUGGCCACCAAUAGAGCCCUCGACAUGCCUGUCACCACACACAUCCACACCAACCCAUCAGCCCCAGAGGCAGAGGACAAACCCUCGAGUUGUAGGCCAUCUCCAAGCCGCCGCUCCUUGGCCAAACUGAACAAAUCAAGAAGAGGCAAAAAUAGGCAGUCACCCACCCAAUCUCCCAAGAGAGUUGAGGAGGAAGGAGUUUUGGUGCACAAGUCCACCCCCCUGGCUGUUAGGUCAUCUCGGAGGUUGGCCCCAGAGCGCACCCUGGCACUCCACUGUGAGCCCAUGAAGAGAGUUUGUUGCUUUCGGCUGAGGAGUCUGAGGAGCGCCGGACCUCUCCGCCAGGCUCCCAGGGCUCUGUCCCACUCCCUCAGCACCCCUUGUGGCACACUAGGGGGUGACUUUAAGCCCUCUCACCCCACCCCAGAUUCCCAGCCUUUCCCAGGGCUCCUGACCGCCCUCCCCCCCCUUCCUCAGUCCUCCCUGGGAGCCCCCCUCAGGGCUCUUCCUCGUGGCCUGCCAACACACUAUGGCUCCAUUCCAGCCCUGGAGGUCAUUGGCUUACGCCCCAGCCCACUUACCGGACUCCACAUAUACCAGUACCUCCCCCACUUCCACAGGCAGGCCAUGGGCACUUAUAAAGGGGGCUGUGCUAGCAGAGGGCCAAAAUCCUCUUGACAUAAUUUCUGGAUACGAUUCUAAAACCAGAAUUCAAACUGGCUGCAAUGACACAUCUGUACUGUAAGGAUUAAUCAAGUUAUAAACAGUGAUUACAGCCAUUCUACCUUCAUAUUGAGUCUCUCUCCCGCCUAAUCUCCUGACAAUUUACGCCAUAAUGAAGAUACAAGAAGAGGCAUGCUGUGGCCAAUAGCCGAGUGCAGGGGAUGAGGGUCACUCAAUGCUGGGGACAACUACAGGAAAUUCAAAGGCCGGAAGUCUGUUUUCUAAAUGGAACAGGCAGAGCCUUCCAUGAAUUCCCCAUGAAUGGGAUAGGCUGUCAUUCAAAGCAAAUUACUUUAAUGAUUGCCUCAAUAAUUUCAAUGUGUUCGUUAUUCAUUUCUCAUAUCAGUUAGAUGUGGGCACACUAUUUUCCCAGCAGGGGGCCACACAGAGCUAAGGAUCACUAUUGUGAAAGGCCCCGUAAAAACAGAAUUGCUCAUGUUUUAUCGCAACACAAGGGAGAGUACACCGAGGAUAUGUGCCAUUUACAGUUUAUAUCAAAAACAUACAAAUAUUUAUGGAAUUGUACCUGUAGCAAAAAAAAAUAUGUCUAAUUAUUAAAUCCAUUUUUAGAAUUUGUGAAAAUAUUCUUGCCUUUGUAGCUGGAUUGCAAAACUUAGACCAAUUUUUGUGUUUUGGUUGCACAGCACUACCAAAAUAAACUGUAGGCAAGGUGGCCUGGGAAGAGAGCUCCUGAAUUUAAAAAAAAUAUUUUAUAAUUUGUAAGUGUAGUUUUGUUUCAUUUUUUUAAUUGGCUUUCUAUGUGAAGUUAAUCUCAAAGUAAAUCUGCAAAGUUACAUAUUUCUAAAAUAUAAACUUGUUUUCCAUCUUUAAUGUGUUAAUCAUUUUUCAUUUUGUUAAUAAGAGGACCACUAUGGAAAUGUGUAUUACUUUGCAUUUUGUGGUUGUUUUUAUACAUUUUAAACCAUAAAUGAUAUCAUACAGUAAAUAAAUGUAGAGAAAGGACCACUAUGGACGUUCUUUGUUUCACACAUAUACCCAUAUACACAAUCUGCUCCAAUGUCAUAAAUAUUGACCUAUUCAUGUUCCCUUGUAUCUAUAAUUAGGAAUUACUGUUGAUUAAUUUCUGAUUACAUUUUAGGUCAUAUGUAAUAAUGAUAAUAAUGAUUUAGUCUAGUUAUUGUGAAAAUUAUGAAAACAGUGAGCCAUUUUAGUCAACAAAAUGCCUGCACCUUUAUGUCUCAUUUCUGUAACAUAUCCACUAUGUGGCCAAAAGUAUUUGGACACCCCAUCUAAUUUUUGAGUUCAGGUGUUUCGGGCACAUCCAUUGCUCAAAGGUGCAUAAAAUCCAAUACAUAGUCAUGAAAUGUCCAUAGACCAACAUUGACAGUAGUCAGUCGUGCUGAAGAGCUCAAUGACUUUAAAUGUGGCACUGUCAUAACAUUUCACCUAUACCACAAGUCAGUUCGAGAAAUUCCUGCCCUACUAGAUCUGCCCCGGUCCACUGUAAGUGCUAUAAUUGUGAAGUGGAAGUAUCUAGGAGCAACAACAACUCAGCCACAAAGUGGUAGACCACACAAACUCACAGAACAGGGCCGCCGAGUGCUGAAGCACGUAGUGUGUAAAAACUGCCUAUCUGUCGCAUCACUCACCACAGUUCACACCAGAGUUCCAAACUGUCUCUGGAAGCAACAUCAGCACAAAAACAGUUGUACGCAAGCCUCACAUCAACAUGCGCAAUGCCAAGUUUUUGCUGGACUGGUGUAAAGCACACCACCACUCUGACUCUGGAGCAGUGGAAAUUUGUUCACUGGAGGGAUGAAUCACGCUUUACUAUCUCACUGUCAGAUGGAUGAAUCUGGGUGUGGCGGAUGCCAGGAGAACACUACCUACUGGAAUUCAUAGGGCCUACUGUAAAGAUUUGGUGGAGGAGGGAUAAUGGUCUGGGGCUGUGUUUCAGGAUUUGGGCUAGGCCCUAAGUUCCAGUUAAGGGAAGACUUAAUGCUACAGGAUACAAAGACAUUUUAGACAAUUGGGUGCUUUCAACUUUGUGGCAAUAGUUUGGGUAAGGCCCUUUCCUGUUGCAGCAUGACUCUGCACAAAGUGGGGACAGUGAAGACAUGGUUCGACAAGGUUGGUGUGGAGGAACUCAAGUGGCCUUCACAGAGACCUGACCUCAACCCCACUGAACACCUUUUUUGAUGAAUUGGAACUGGGAUUGCGAGCUAGGCCUUCUUGUCCAACAUCAGUGCCUGACUUCACAAAUCCUCUUUUGGGUGAGUGGGCACAAAUUCCCACAGAGACACUCCAAAAUCUUGUGGAAAGCCUUCCCAGGAGAAUGGCAGCUGUUAUAGCAUCAAAGGGGGGCCAACUCCAUAUUAAUGCCCAUGAUUUUGGAAUGUGAUGUCCAACAAGCUCAUAUAGGUGUGAUGGUCAGGUGUCCACAUUCUUUUGGUAAUACUGUAUAGUGUACAUUACAAGUCCCACUGAUUUCUGAAGUUUGUUAUUAGCUAAUAAAUAUAUUGUCUUACCAGCUCUUUGGCAGUUAGCCAAUGAGCAUACGGGAACACAAAUAUUUGUAUUAGAUCAAUUGUGAUCCUGCCAUAUCCACUCAGAUAAACCAACAAUACAAAAUCAAUUUAUCAAUUUAUUCUUAGACUCCAGUCAUUCUCUAAUGCCGUCCCCAUACCAAGAUCUGACAGAAGCCUCUUGAUGAACGAAAGUAGCCUACGUAUUUUCAUUUUACCUGACUGAACCAUGAGCACCAGUAUAGGCUUCGCUUUUGAGAAUCUUGCAAUUGCCACAGAUAAUAAAUAGCACAGCUUAAACCGUGUCUGCAGUCAUGUGACGCACCUUUUGACACGGAAGGAACUCAUCGCGCUGAAAUGCUCUGUCUUAAAAAACACUGUCCAAUAAUAUCAAUGAAGACUGUAUUUACAGAAACAAUCUUGUUUUAGCCAGCCAAAAUGUUCAGUAUUUUCUGUUUUGUUUUAUCAAGAUGUAAUAAGCUGUGUGAAGAUUU